GCAGGAAUCUAACGAAAUCGUACACGAAAUGACAAGUGCCGCCGCGUGUGUGCUAUGUGCGCUUAGCAAUUUUACAGAAUUUUUAUAAAAUAGCAGCAAUGAAAAUUUUGUAUUUGCUUAAAAACGUCUUGGCUAGUUGUAAUGGCGUUAUAACGGUGUGUGUUAAAGUUGGCAAAAAAUUAAGUUGUAACCGUUGAAAGCCAGAGCUCAAUGUCGAAAAAAAUUCAAAAACAAUAUUGCCAUUCUCUUGCCUUCAUUAAUUGAAAUAUGAAAAUUUGCGUGGUGUUUGAAAUAAUAUUUAAAUGUAACCAGUAAAAAUCAAAAAUAGUGUUAUCUAAAGCAGAAAUUAAAAAUAAUAAAACAAAUUAAAGUGUUGCAUAGAAAUUAACGAAAGUGAAAUCUCCUCGCGGAAAAGUGCUCAAAAUGCCAAGUGCAAACGUGAAAAUGCAUAAACCUUCAAAAUUCGAAUGCCUGCCGCAAGCUUUGUCGUGUCAUGCUUACAGUGCACAUCCGCUGCAGCGACAAUGAGUAGUUGAGGGCACGUGUUUGGAGGUGUAGUGCGUGCGUGUGUAUUGCCCCGCUCAUUCUCACAAGCUGUGCAUGACGUAACGCUUAAAAGUUUUUGUGAUUGUGUUGUCUACCGCGUGUGCGUGUGAGUGUGCAUUGCACGGCGCUUGUACCACAUCGGUGCUGACCAAACGCUCAAGAGCCGUCUGAGGCCGCGCACGGGCGCCGCGCUGAAAUGCAAGCGAACAGCAGCGGUCGAACGGCUUUAUCGGCACAAUCAUCGGGUACACCGUCGCAAUCAACGAUCUCGUCGUCGGGAAAGCAACAGGUUGUCGAGUUAUCGGGCUACGUUAUUAUAUUAGUGAAAAAUGUGGAAGGCAAAAUCAAGUUGUACGGCUCACCGCCCGAUCGCGAUAAUCUGGAAGUGGGCGAUGAGAUACUCGAGGUCAACGGUCUGACCUUGGAGAAUAUCUCAUAUGCGGAAAUUAUACGCCACAUUUAUGAGUGCAUAAAAUCCUGCACUAUCUGCCUGCGUGUGCGUAAGAAGAAUGAUACCAGAUUGGCCUGGGAUAUUGGCAAUUCGGUGCAGGAGGCCUUCGUUAUCGCUGUCGAGGAGCAUGCGCGUGAGCGUCUGAAACGUUUGGCGGCGCUUAAUCGGGUUACACCGGUGGACAUAACGGAAGUGUCGAAAACGCUGCAACAGACCAAAGGCGGGUCGCAAUCGACACAGAAACAAGAUCUGAGCUUCCUUAACGAGGCCUCGCCCAUAUAUGUCACCUCGUUCACCAGCACCCAGAUCACGUGCAGCAGCUCCACCGUCACCACCGCCACCGCCGCAACUGCCGGACUCAUUACCUCGUCGACGAUUGCACCAACCGCCUCGGCGACAGCAACAGGCAUCACCACCACCUCGGCUAUUGUGCAUGCGUCGGCGCCACAGAGCUCUACGGGCGCCGCCGAUCGGAAUGCCAAUCAGACGUCUGCCGCAAUUGUGAGUGCCUCAGCAGCAGCGGCAGCGGCCGCAGCAGCAGCAACGAAACUAGCCAAUCACAGCGGCAGCAGCAACGUCUACCAGCAGCAGCAGCUACCACAGCAACCAACGGCGGCGAAGCCAGCGAACGCAGGUAAAGCUCAGCAACAACCACCACCGCCAUUAACGUUGCAGUUCCAGCAGCAGCAGGCCGCACAGGUGGCACAGUUGGCGCAACUGCAGAAUCUGCAGACGCCAACCAUUGCAAGCAGCUUACAACAUUUGGCUGUCGCUGAGGAGGAGGACGACGACGACGAUUUAAUCGGCGUUGCCGGCAACUACUGUAGCAUUAACUUUAUAAAAUACAACAACAAACACGCACAAUUGCCACCAGCCACAUCGGCGGUGGUACUGCCCGCGGCAGCAGCCAGCCACUUGCAGCGCCAACAACUGCAACAGUUGCAGCAGCAACAGCUGAGGCAAACGAAAUCGCACCCGCACAUCCCGCCCCCACUGCAGAUCCCCAGCACAAUACUUGUCGAUGCACAAACCUCCACCUCACCGCUGGCCGCGACCGCUGUGGGUCAUCUAAAAGCACCGCUGGCAGCAGCGACUGCUAAACCAACGACAGCAACUGCAGCCACAACAGCGACAACAGCUGCCACCGCCGCCACAGCAGCAGCAGCUGCUGGCUCCACCACCCCCACAACCGAGUACUCAACAGCCAUAUCCAGCAGCCAUCUGCAGCAGGCGUUUGCCUCGGCGGCCGCAGCGGACCAGCAGCAACAACAGUUGUAUAACAACAACAACAUAACAGCACCAACUUUAGGCGCAGCGGCUGCAUUGAGCAACAACAAUAAUAAAGCGGUGCCUGGUGUCAUUGUGGAUCAGCCCACAGCUGGUGGUGGCGCGGGCGUGAGCGCGGCUGCGGCUGGGGGCAGCGGGCCAUACGGUAGUAAUAUUAGUAGUAAUUGUGAUUUAUUAAUAUCGAAUAAUAUACAACCACCGAGACGAGAGUUACUAACUACACUUAACGAAGAUGGCAGACACUUUGAUGGCGACGCGGCAAAUAGCAACAACAUCAAUAAACAAAGUGCCAGCGGCAGCAGUAAUAGCAACGAUUUGCUAAAUAAUACAACAAAUUUAUACGAUAAUAAACAAAUACAACAGUUAAGAAGUAGUAGUCCCAAUAGUAGCAUAUCAAAAGGAAGAACUGAACUUUUAUUAGGAGAUCAAAGUUUAAGGCAGGAAAUACGGCCUCGCCGUCGUUCUGGCUCCAGCAUUGUCGUGAUUGAUGGUGACGACUUGAAGCCAUGCUUACCGGACGACUACAUUAGUAGUCAGCAUUAUCGACAGCAUUCUGGUGAAAGUAAAGAAAUCGAUCAGGAAAUGUUGACAAUGCUUUCAGUUAAUCAAGAUAAUGGUCCACAUCGUGAGAUGGCUGUCGAUUGUCCAGAUAAUUUUAUCGCGCGUAACAAGACACCACCACGUUAUCCACCACCACACCGUCCACCACAGCCACCAACACAAUACAAAACCAAUAACAAUACACCACAACAACAGACACCACCGACUGCGACACACACCAGCAAUGGCGGUGGCAAUAAGAAGGCUCUGCCGGUGCCGAACAACAAGCACGGCGCAACCAGUACCAAUCCGAAUGGCUUCACCAGCAGCGGUGAGGAGUUCGAGUUGGUGGCCAUCGAUGGUGGGCUGCUGCAACGCGCUGGUUCCUCUUCCUUCUCGUCCGCGUACGAGGAUUCGAUCGGCAAGAGCUCCUUCGAUUCCAUUGCUUAUUGUCAUUUACAUAACAAGCAAAACAACAACAUCAACAGUCUCAACAACAAUAACAUAAACAACAAUCAUCACAACAACACGAGCAAUUCAUCUAAUUCAUCAACGCCAACGAAGCGUGGUUGUGGCGGUAUUGUCGGUGGCGCUGGCGAUAGUAGCGGCUCGAAUGGCUCCUCGCCUGGCGCCAACGAAGCGCCAUUGAUUGAGGGUUUGUGCGGCGCGCCGCCCGAGUAUGAGCUGCUGCCGCUCUCGAUGUGCAAACAAGUGGCGGCGAGUCUCUUGCAGCCGCCGUCGGGUAAGCACCGCGAGCUGCCUGUCGACGUGCCGGACAGUUUCAUAGAGAUCGUGAAGACGCCGCCGCGUUAUCCGCCGCCACCACAUCUGUCCUCGCUGUCAUCGCAGCUGUCGUCGAACUCGUCCACUUCGACGGCCAACACUACACUGACGCACAUCAACUCAUCGUCCAAUUCAUCCACCAACAACAACAAUAACCACAACAACAGUCACACUAACGAUAACUCUUUCUCGCCCACGUGUUCCUCCGUGUCGGGCUCAUACUCGGCGCUGGCAUCCAUCUCGACCACGGGUGUCGCAACAUUGUCCGCAUGCUCGCCACUCUCCACGGAUCAUCAGUCAAAAUCAUCAAGCACAAAGUCAACGUCCGGCUCCGGCUGUCAUCCACUGAAACAGUUGGUCAAACAGAAGAGUCUGAUAUCGUUGGGCUCGCUGAGUGGCUCCUCGGAGAAAUUAGAUAAAUCAACAGCAGCAGCAACGCAACGUCAACAACCGCAACCGCAAGUGCCAACGGGUGGCGGCACAAGUGCGGUCGAUGGCUGCUUGGUGGGCAAAAGUGCCAAGACGUCGUCCAAGCGCAACGAUGAGUUGAAUGGCUCUGUGAAGCCCGUGCCGCCGCCGCGCGAUCACCUGCGCGUCGAAAAGGAUGGUCGCCUGAUAAACCGCACGCCCGCGCCGCAACUGCCGGAUCGCCGUUUGGGCGGCAGUGGAGUGGGCGCGCCACAGCAGAUAGCGCAGAUUGUCGAGCCGACGCUGGAGCAGCUGGACAGCAUCAAAAAGUACCAGGAGCAACUGCGUCGACGCCGCGAGGAGGAAGAACGCAUUGCGCAGCAGAAUGAGUUUCUACGUAACAGCUUACGUGGUUCGCGCAAGCUUAAGGCGCUACAGGACAACAAGGCGGCAGCACAGCAGCAGCAGCCGGCCUCUGCGGAGCGCGUUACGGGCGUGGAGAACGAGGCGUACCUGGACGAUGAGGAAGCCGAGAAAAUUAAUGGCUAUGGCGAACUGAUCGCGGCGCUAACACGCCUACAGAAUCAACUCACCAAAAAUGGUAUGUCCACAAUGGCGAGUCGGGUGUCGGCUGCCCACAAUGUGUUGAGCAGCGCUGGUGUGGCACAUGCGCUUGCUGCGCGUGCAGCUGUUCUGCAACGGCGGCGCCCGCGUGUCGCUAAUCCAGUAAGCGUGAACGCCACUUCGUUGCAAAAAGAUAUUGUGGAACUGCUAACGCAAUCGAACUCGGCCGCUGCUAUUGAGCUGGGCAAUCUGCUGACGAGUCACGAAAUGGAGGGUUUGCUGCUGGCGCAUGAUCGCGUUGCUACGCUCACCGAUGCCACGCCAUCACCCAUACUUAGUGGUUCUAGCAGUCCCCAGCAAACGUCAACAGGCGCGCCAGUACCACUACCCAAGAGCGCAGCGGUACGCGGCACAGCAGUGCCACCGCCAGUGGUACCGCCACCGUUGGCGCAACGUAGCGCUAUGCCACUGCCUCAAAAUAUGACAGCGCCGCCAGUACCGCCGCAACAUGGUGGCUUUAUGAAGCAGCCAAUGCGUGCCGACUCUCCACCACUAAGCGCCUGCUUUGGCACACUGAAUGACCAGAACGAUAACAUACGCAUCAUACAGAUUGAAAAGUCUACCGAACCACUCGGCGCGACGGUGCGCAAUGAGGGUGAGGCGGUCGUCAUUGGACGUAUAGUGCGAGGCGGUGCUGCCGAAAAAUCCGGACUGCUGCACGAAGGCGACGAAAUACUCGAAGUGAAUGGCCAAGAGUUGCGCGGCAAGACGGUCAACGAAGUAUGCGCGCUGCUUAGCUCCAUGCAGGGUACGCUGACAUUCCUCAUUGUGCCCGCUGGUAGUCCACCGCCCGGUGGUGGUCAUCGCGAGAAUGCAGUGCUGCAUGUACGCGCCCACUUCGACUACGAUCCCGAGGAUGACUUGUACAUACCGUGUCGUGAGCUGGGUAUUAGCUUUCAGAAAGGCGAUGUCUUGCACGUGAUCUCGCGUGACGAUCCCAAUUGGUGGCAAGCGUAUCGCGAGGGCGAAGAGGACCAAACGCUCGCCGGUCUCAUACCUAGUCAAUCAUUCCAGCAUCAGCGUGAGACCAUGAAGUUGGCCAUUGCCGAAGAAGCGGGCUUGGCGCGCAGUCGUGGCAAAGAUAGCAGCAAGGGCGCGACACUGCUGUGCGCGCGCAAAGGCCGCAAGAAGAAGAAGAAGGCCAGCUCUGAAGCGGGUUAUCCGCUAUACGCCACAACCGCGCCGGACGAAACGGAUCCCGAGGAAAUACUCACCUACGAAGAGGUCGCCUUAUACUAUCCACGUGCCACACACAAACGGCCCAUAGUGCUCAUCGGGCCACCGAAUAUUGGGCGUCACGAGCUGCGUCAGCGGUUAAUGGCCGAUUCGGAUCGCUUUUCGGCAGCAGUGCCGCAUACGUCACGUGCACGCCGCGAAGGUGAAGUCCCCGGCGUUGAUUAUCACUUCAUCACGCGCCAGGCCUUUGAGGCGGACAUACUGGCGCGCCGCUUCGUCGAACAUGGCGAAUACGAGAAGGCUUACUAUGGCACCUCGCUGGAGGCCAUACGUACAGUGGUGGCGAGUGGCAAAAUUUGUGUGCUGAAUCUGCAUCCGCAGAGCUUGAAGCUGCUACGCGCCUCCGAUCUGAAGCCAUACGUAGUGCUGGUGGCGCCGCCGAGUCUCGACAAAUUGCGACAGAAGAAAAUACGAAACGGCGAACCCUUCAAGGAGGAGGAGCUGAAGGACAUUAUAGCCACUGCCCGCGACAUGGAGGCACGCUGGGGCCACCUCUUCGAUAUGAUAAUCAUAAACAACGACACAGAUCGUGCUUAUCAACAGCUGUUGGCCGAGAUCAAUUCGUUGGAACGCGAACCGCAGUGGGUGCCGGCCAGUUGGGUGCAUAAUAAUCGGGACGAGUCAUAAAGUCAAUGGAAAUAAAGUGCAAGCGAAAUGAAGCGUGAAAUGAACGUAAAACAGGGAAUUUGUCUAUAAGGAAAAUGAACUGGAAACUAGAACUAAUUACAAACACGAAGUGAGCACAGAAAAUAGGUGUAACGCUGAAGAUAAUUGUUUCAAAAAUACUGUUGAUUAUGCUUUUAUUAAAUUUGUAACAGAGUACUUCAGUUUCAACUUUCGCUACUUGGAUCCUAUGCUUGUUUUGAAUUUCACACAACUUCGGCGCUUUCGCCAAGCUUAUGAGCUUUCACAGAGCUUGUGAGCUUACACUGAGCUUGUGAACAUUAACUAAGCUUCUAAGUUUUCACUGAGCUUAUAAGCUUUCACCAAGCUUCCGAGCUUUCACCGAGCUUUUGGUCUUUCUUUUUAUUUUUGUGCGCUUUCACUUCACAAUUACGUUCCUCUGGAAAUAUUUAACGAUUUUAGUCGCCACUUAACCAAUAGUGAUCCACAGUGUUCGUGUCACUACAAAUACAAACAAAGGUUUCGCGCCGUGCUCGUGGUUUGAGCGUGCAAAAGCAUGUGCGAAAGCUUUAUUUCCAAACGAAAAUGCAAUACUUACAUAUAAAUACAAUUAUAUAUAUUAUUUACUUGAACAUACAGUAUACUAUAUACAACAUUUAUAUAUAUAUACACUUACAUACAGAGUAAAAUUGAACGUUUUUAUGUAUAACUUGUUGAUUUAGUAAUAAAAAUAUGAUUAUUUUAAAAUUUAAUUAAAAAAAGUAUGAAACAAAUUAUGCAUGCAAAAUAUAUAAUUUUUAAAGCGAACACUUAACGGCCUGAUUCAUAAAAAAUAAUGUUAAAAUUAUUAAAAUAUAAAAAAAUGUAAACAAAAUAUUUUUAACAAUUAAAAAAAAAAAUAGUUUUUGAAAAUUGUAAAAAAAAAUAUUUUUAAUAAUUAAAAAAUAUUUUUAAUAAUUAAAAUUUUUUUUUUAAUUUAUAAAAAAAAAUUGUUUGAAAAGUGACUAAAAAUUUAUAAGAAUAAAAAAAAAUAUUAUUAUGUAAACUAAAUUUUUAUGAAAUUUUUUUAAGUCAGAUUUUGAAGCAUUUUUUUUAUUAAAAUUUCCUUUUUUUAAAUUUUUUAUGGAUUUGGCCGUUACCUGUACUUAUACAUAUACAUACAUAUGCAGACAGUAAAAACGUUUCACAAAAUAUGCUUAAUUCUUAAUUUACUUUAUGUAUUAUAUAAUGUGCUGCAUAUACAUAUUUACUAAAUCAAAGAAAUUCCUUAAUUACAAAAUGUAUAUUGUUUGUUUUUGUUUUACAUAAGUUAGUUGUUUGCCUUUAUCUUUUCGAGCGUUUCUUAUGUGUAAAAAUUAGUUAAUGAAAAUAAGAAAAAAGUUGAAAAAUGAAAAAAAAAACAAAAACAAAAAAAACAAGAUCAGCUGUUUUUGACAAAUAUUUUGUAAACUAGUAAUGUAAGCUUAACAGGACAAAAACAAAAACAAAAACAAUAAGUAAUAGCAAAGUUAAAUGCAAGAAUCGAUGAUAAAUCGAACCGCAAAACAAAAUAGAAAUUAAAAAAAAAUGUUCUUGCGGCAGCAGACCAAACGAGCAACGACGCCGCCAGUGGCUUUGUACGCUCAAAGAACAUAUGUGAAUUGAUGAAAGAUAACGGUAGCAGGCAGAAUUCACCCAAAAAAGAAUUUACUUUAAACUCACGUACCAUAAUUGCUAAAGAUAACAACAACAACAACAAAAAACACAAAGUGCUGCUAGAAACUAAAAGGAAAUUGCAAUUUAGUAAGCAACUCAUCUAAGCUAGUUAAAAACAAAUACAAAAAUAACAAAAACAAAAUACACAUACUAAGCAACAAUAACAACAAAAGCAAAGAACAAAAGCCAUACACACGCAAACAGCAAAUGAAUGCAGCUAAAGCCGGAAGCCAAGCUUUCGCCGAAUAAACGCGGCGAAAAUGCAAAGCGAGCGAGCAGCUGUCGGCUUGGAAAGCGAAGUUUUGUAAAAUAACGGCAACAUUAUAGCUAAAUAUCAAUCGAUUUCAACAUAACCUCAAACAAAAAUCAACAAAACAGAGCAAAUAACCGUUAAGCACACACACACAGCGCUAAAGUGCAGCCAAACACAAGCGGCCAGCCAAGUGAGCCCAAGUGCAGGCGGCUGGCUUUAGACCCUGUAGGAAAUACAUAUAAUAAUAAAAAAUAAUAUAGAUAAAUAAAAUAAAAUAAAAUAAAAAUAAAUAAAAAAAAAAUUAAAUUAAAAAAAAAAUUAAAAUAAAAUAAAUUAAAAAAAAAAAAAAUAUAUAAAUAAAAAAAAUAAAUAAAAAAAUAAAUAGAAAGAAAUAAACAAAAAAAUAAACAAAAAUAAGAAUAUAAAUUAUAUAAAAUAAACAAGCAGCCGCAGCUUAGGCGGCUUAGCGCUAACUAAGAAAUUAAAUUUAAAUGCAACCAUAUACAGUUAUAUACAUAUACAUAUGUAUGUUUGUAAGCGUAUAGUUGAAAUUGUUUAUUGACCAUUGUUUUCUAUUGAAAUUUAUAUUGUAUGUACAUUGUGUUGUUAGGCCAAAGCAAUUGAAUUCAUACUUCAUGCCUCAAAGCAUAUGAAGGAGCAAACAAACGAAAAGCGAAACAGAAGACGCAAAACGCAAAACAAAAAUGGCGCACUAAGCGAAAAAUUAAAUUUAAAUGCAAAAACAAAAAAUAACAAUAAUAAAAAAAGCAAAAAUAAGAAAAUAGUCUUAACAAAUAAAGAAAUAGAGUAUAGCGCCAAAGUAGUUAUGUAACACUGUAACAAAAUUCAUAGAAAAAAAAGAAUCAACGCAACGCUGCAAGGAACUGCAAACUAUUGUAUUUAUAUAACAUGUUAUUAUAUCUGAAAAACGGUUAUUUUCAUUCUUUAUAUAAAUUUAUUUAUUUUUUUUUAAAUUUUAUUUACUUUUUAUUUAAUUUUUUUUCUUAAUUUUUAAUGCUAAAAUUUUAUAUACUUUUUUAAUUUCCUUAUUUUUAAAUUUUAUUUUUUAUAAUUUUUAUUUUUUAUAAUUUUUAUUUUUUUUAUUAUUUUUAUUAACAAAAAUGUUUUUUGCGGCCUACAACAAUAACACACAACCAAAACAGCAAAAUUACCGCCAAUGAAUAAAAAAAAACAAAAACAAAUAAAAACAUUCAAAUUGAAACCAUAAGAGAGACGUGUGUGCAGAGCUGUUUAACAAAAGAUAAAAACAAAAACAAAAACAAAAAAAUAUUAAAAAGUAAAACACAAAUAUAUAGUCUAAUAUGAAAAUGUAUGUGUGUAUGUUAAAUUCUUAUGUAAAUCGUAAAACACGCGCGAAUACUAAAUGUUGCAGAAACAGCGUUCAACUAAACCAACAUGAAAUGAGUACGUAAACAACAAAAACAACAAAAAAAUAAAUAAAUAAAAAUAAUUAAAAUAAAAAUAGAAGUAAAAACUAAUAGUUUAGCAAGUAAAGAAAACAAGUCGAAAGUAAAACACAAAAAAAAGAAACAAAAACAAAAACAAAAAUAUAAAUAGAAACCAAUAGAAAAAACAAAAGCCCAGAAAUGUACUAAAGAUAAAAGAUAAAGGUAAAUCAAAGGUGAAAAUAUUAUUAUUAUUAUUAUUAUUUAACAUUUAAAUAAAUAAAUAAAUCAUGUAAUUAUAUUAAAGAAAUUUAAAAUACAAAAAUUGAAAAAA